AGUGGAUUUAACAAGUGGGUGCCUGACAUCCAGGGCCCCAUGUCCAGGUGGGAGGCAUGGGCUUUGAGGAGAUCCUGAAGGAGGUGGGUGGCUUUGGUCGCUUCCAGAUUCGAAAUGUGAUGCUGUUGGCCCUGCCCCGGCUCCUGCUUCCUCUGAACUUCCUCUUGCCGAUUUUCAUAGCCGCAGUGCCCACUCACCAUUGUGCCCUGCCGGCCCAAGAGCCUCUCAACAACCUUACCCUAGAGACGGCUUGGCUGGAAGCCUACUUGCCCCGGGAGCUUGAUGGCAGCUUCAGCUCCUGCUACCGAUAUCUCUACCCACACCCACUCUCCAACACUAGCCAGGUGGAAAGGGAGGAUCAAAUUGUGCCAUGUCCUGAAGGCUGGACUUAUGACCAAUCACAGUUUUACUCUACUAUUGCCACUGAGUGGGACCUAGUGUGCGAGUGGAAAGGACUGAAUCGUGCCAUAUCCACCUUCUUCUUCAUCGGUGUGCUCGUGGGGGCUGUGAUCUUUGGAUACUUGUCUGACAGGUUUGGGAGACGCCCACUACUCUUGGUAGCCUACAUGAGCACGCUAGCCCUGGGCCUGGUCUCUACCAUUUCUGUCAGCUACGUCAUGUUCGUCAUCACCCGCAGCCUCACAGGGGUUGCCCUGGCAGGCUUCACUAUAAUUGUCUUGCCCCUAGAAUUAGAGUGGCUAGAUGUUGAACAUCGCACUAUGGCUGGUGUCCUUGGCAGCACCUUUUGGUCUGGGGGGGUGAUGCUGCUGGCUUUGGUUGGCUACCUGAUUCGAGACUGGCGAUGGCUGGUGCUGGCUGUGACCCUGCCCUGUGCCCUGGGCAUCAUCAGUCUCUGGUGGGUGCCUGAGUCUGCCCGAUGGCUUAUGACCCAGAAUCGGAUUAAGGAAGCCGAAUUUUACCUCCACCGAUGUGCAGUGCUCAAUGGCCGGCCCCAAGCUAGGGAAAAACUAAGUACUGAGGCCCUGAGUCUGGUGGCUGAAAGGGAAAAGAUAGUUAGAAGACCUUCCUACCUGGACUUGUUCCGGACCCCCCGGCUCCGGCACAUCUCCCUGUGCUGCAUGGUGGUGUGGUUUGGGGUGAACUUCUCAUAUUAUGGCCUGAGCCUGGACCUGUCAGGGCUGGGGCUGAAUCUGUACCAAAUACAGCUUCUGUUUGGGGCAGUGGAGGUGCCCUCCAAGAUGAUUGUCUACCUGUCAAUACGCUAUGCAGGGCGCCGCUUCACUGAGGUGGGGGCCCUGCUGGGCACUGCCCUCACUGUGGGCACUAGUCUGCUCUUGCCCUCAGGGGUGGUGGCGUGGAAACUGGUCCUGGGAGUGGCUGGAAAAGGCUUUUCAGAAGCAGCCUUUACUACUGCCUACCUGUUCACAUCAGAGUUGUACCCCACUGUACUGAGACAGACAGGGUUGGGAUUGACAGCUCUCGUGGGCCGGCUGGGGGGCUCCCUCGCACCACUGGCCACCUUGCUGGAGGGGACGUGGUCCUCACUGCCCAAGGUCACCUAUGGUGGGAUUGCCCUUCUGGCUUCGGCCACUGCCCUCUUGCUGCCAGAAACUCGUCAUGCAAAGCUUCCUGAAACCAUCCAGGAUGUGGAAGAAAAGAGGACCUUGCCAAAGGCCCAGGAAGAGGAGAUGCACAUGAAGGUGCUGCAAGAUUAAGCAUCACAGUGCUGAGCAAAGAGCACCACAUGUGGGAUCAAGAAUCCUAGCUCUGCUAGCUGCCGUGCUCACCUGUAAAAUAAGAGGACUAGGCUAACUCUCCAAGGUCCCUUCUGGCUCUAAGUCCCGAUACCACAAAGUGAGCAAUGACCCCAUCUCUUUCUGGUUGGUCCUUGGGGCAAGGAGUGAGGGACAGGGCUGACAAACCCCAACCAUCCCAGGAUGGGGCAGAACAGUGCACUCACUGAGCCACCCUAACACUCUUAAAAGAGUUGGAACAGACUUUAGAGAUGGCCUAGCCCCUCACAUCCUCACAAGUCUCUGCAUAACUUCCUCCAGUAAAGGGGCUGCCUCCAGGGAUGCUCUUCUGAUCCCUACUUGGGGGGGGGUGUCUCCAUCCUGGGGACAGGGCUUCAAGAAAGCCUGGGGGCUAGUCCCGGUUUUGUUGGUCCAGUGGGUCUGUUUCUCCCUCACUUGUGGAAUGGUGAUAAUACCACAUGCCCAGCCUACCUCACAGGGCUGUUGUGAGGAUCAGAUGAAAAAAAAAUACCUGUCAAGUGCU